ACACAAGCUCCAUCACUAUUGUGUAGUUCAUUUGGUUGGAGCAAAGUUUAGCACAGGACACAGCCAAAAAGGGGAAACUUCUCCUCUUAGGAACAUGUUGUUAUUGCAGAAUUGGGGCUACCCAUCUGCUGUUUCUUCAAGUUUCUACAACAAACAAAACCCUUCAAUUUACAACAACCCAACAACCAAAAUCCUAGUAUUUCCCUGUUUUGGAAAACAUGGUAGAUGUUUUUCUUCCUCUUCUAUGACCUAUAAACCUUUGCCUAAGUUGGUUUGUUUUCAUGGGUUUGGUAUAGAAGACAUAACUGAUGUUGUCCAUAACAAGGUUUUGGUUGCAGCAGCUAUAUCUGCAGCUGUUGGUCAGCUAAUGAAGCCAUUUACUUCAUCUCUAUUUUAUGGCAAUGAGUUCAAUUUCAAGACUGCCUUUCAGGCUGGGGGUUUCCCUUCCACACACUCAUCUGCAGUAGUCGCCACAGCCACUGCCCUUGGCUUGGAAAGGGGGUUUUCUGAUUCGAUUUUUGGUUUAGCAGUGGUUUACGCAGGCCUUGUGAUGUAUGAUGCACAGGGAGUCCGAAGGGAAGUAGGCAUUCACGCAAAAGCGUUCAAUAAAGCUUUGUUCAGAAAUCAAAUAAACUCAGUUCCGUCUACUAACGAACUUGAUGUUUUGACGGAUUCUACACAAGAGAAAUUAUCCUCAGAUACAGAGAGCUUCGAUCCUCAAUUAUCAGAGGAAUCAAGUCCAUUUCAACCAAGGUCAAAGAAUGCUACUUUAUUGCUUAAACCCAAUGAGAGAAGAGCCUCAUCGUCUAGUUUUGCUCCGUUGAAAGAACAGGUUGGUCAUACAGAGGUUGAAGUCAUAGCUGGUGCAUUUCUCGGAUUCUUUGUAAGCUUAGCGUACAGAAAGCACGAUCCACCUAUUGACUUACCUAGACGGAGUCAAUGGGUGAUCAAGAAGGCCUAUGGCCUAGGCUGGUGAACUCCAUUACACUUGGGAGGGGUGCCAGCUCAAGUGGUCGAGCCUACAUCAUAAUUUGUGGUAGUGGAAGUCUGCAUUCUCGCAGCCCCUAUUCG